CCAACCAAGAUUCUUUCUUUCAUUUUCCUCUCACAAGUCACAGGUCGACCUUUUCCCGCCAAAAUGUAGGGAUUCUCCCCUUCCUGUCUCUUUUUACUUCCUUUCCCCAACCACACCACAUUUCAGUGACAAGAGAGAGAGAGAGAUGAAGGAAAGUUCCAAAGUAAUCAUGGGUGCAGUGCUUCUGCUGGCCAUAACCGUUGCCAUAGUACUAACCCUGGUUUUACUUCUCUUAGCUGAGCUCUACUGCUCACUCUUACUCCGCAGACGCCAUGAUCACCACCCUAAGACAGCUCCUCCUACAGCUGCCGAGGCUGCCACCGCCGCUGACGCUCCAUCUCUGAGCAGCUUCUACGCCCAAGGAGUUCUUCGUGCUCCAAGAAGCUUCCUCUUCCCGACAACGAUCCCGGAAAACCAUUUACCCGUUUCCACCAAUCACCCCUCUUCUGCUCUCUACUCAACCCAUGAUCCAUGGCCAGCCCAAGAAGCUACUUCUCCUCCGCCCUCAGCCACCACCAGCGCCUCCACAAGUCAGGAGCAUCUCAUUUACAUAUGCAAUCCAAUCUACGACGGCGAAGAAGCCAUUAGGAUGAUGAGCAAAGAGCACGAUGACACACCUUUCGAAACGCCCGGCACGUCCCCCUCCCGUUUGGAGAUCACGUCGACACUCUCGAGCACUCCCUCCUCUCCUGCAACCACACCCCCAUUGACUCCAAUGAAAAAGCUUCCAGCAGAGGGCUCCUCGGUUUCCCUGAGGGAUGCACGAUCCAUUUGCACGACGCCCAGCGAUUCCAACACCAACAAUGAUGGCAUUUCAUCGUCAUCAUCUGGCUCGCCCUGCACUUCUCCUUCCUGGUGAGAACAUAGGCUGAAGUUGGGUUUUUGCAGCUUUCUGUACUUUCUAUGUUAUCAGUUUCUUUUUCUCCUUUUCAAGAGUUGGGUACGUAUAGCUUUCCAGAAUUUGUAAUGAAGAAGCAGAUUUGGGUCAGGCUUUCUACUUUCCGGGCGUGGUCAUGGCUCUUCAAUCUAGGCCACGCUUCUGCUUUGUCUUAACUUAAUUCUAUAAUAUAUAUGUUGUCACCGAGCGAGCUUUCAAACCACUAUAUUAUCUUGAAAUUGAAAUCAUUUAGACAGCUUUUUCUUUACAGUUGUAGACUACAUGUAAUUCUUUUUCCCCUCAUUUUCUGUCCUUUUGGCCGUGUCGAAAGAGAAGCAGCAGCAGCAGCCAACAAGUUUAUCAUUUCUAUGUUUCAACGGUUGGGGGUGGAGUAGUUGGGAUUGUGAAGGUGCAUGUGAAGUGUACGUAGGGUGGUGGACAAAACAAGGAGCAAGAA